UGCUUUUUGAACCAUUUAGGCAAAGAACAAAGAAGAAUGGAUGAAGGAAACUGCUCCUCAAUCACUCAGUUUAUUCUAUUGGGAAUUACUAAUAACCCUGUCAUAGAAGUGGUUCUAUUCAUUGUAUUUCUUCUCAUCUACCUCAUUAUUCUUGUGACAAAUAUUGGAAUGAUUGUUUUGAUCAGAAUGGAUCCCCAGCUUCACACACCAAUGUACUUCUUUCUUAGCCACCUCUCUUUCUCUGACCUCUGCUAUUCAACUGCAGUUGGACCAAAGAUGCUGCUGGACCUAAUGGACAAACACAAAUCUAUAUCUUUCAUUGGCUGUGCCUUGCAGUUUUUCUUCGCCUGUAUCUUUAUAGAUGCUGAGUGCAUGCUGUUGGUGGUGAUGGCCUUUGAUCGGUACAAGGCCAUCAGCAAUCCCCUUAUGUAUGUAGUAGACAUGUCUAGUAGGGUUUGUUACCAACUCCUGGCUGGAGUUUACCUACUAGGAAUAAUAGAUACUGUUAUGCAUACUAUAAUGACAUUUGGAUUAUGUUUCUGUAGGUCAAAUGAGAUUAAUCAUUUCAUCUGUGAUAUCCCUCCUAUCCUGUUACUAUCUUGUUCAGAUACACAGGUCAAUGAAUUAGCAAUGUUUAUAUUUUCUGGAUUUAUUGAACUGAGCACCAUUUCUGGACUUCUUGUCUCCUACUGUUACAUCAUCUCCUCUGUCAUGAAGAUCUGUUCUGAUGAAGGGAGAUUCAAAGCUUUCUCUACUUGUGCCUCUCACCUGACUGCAGUUGCGAUUUUUCAGGGAACUCUUCUCUUUAUGUAUUUUCGGCCAAGUUCUUCCUACUCCCUAGAUCAAGAUAAAAUGGUUUCACUGUUUUACACCCUGGUAAUUCCUAUGUUAAACCCUCUGAUUUACAGCAUGAGGAAUAAGGAUGUGAAAGAAGCCCUAUACAAACUGAGAAAUAAAAGGUGGUUUAAAUAAUUGUAUUAUGUGUGUAUAUAUGUCUAAGUUAUAGUAGUAAUUUGU